UGACAGCCAUAUUUGAUUCGAUUAUGCUGCUCUGGCUGCGACAACCAGUUUAGCCAGUUCUUGUAAGAAAAAGGGUGUAUUUUCUUCACUACAAGGCUUUGAGGUUGAUCUGCGACGACGUCCGGCUGCAUUCUCAGUAACAACAGUUUAUAACCUGUAGUCAACGAUGAAUCCCGAAUAUGACUAUUUAUUCAAACUGCUCCUGAUUGGGGAUUCUGGUGUCGGAAAGUCUUGUCUCCUCCUCCGGUUUGCAGACGACACGUACACAGAGAGCUACAUUAGCACCAUCGGUGUGGACUUCAAGAUCAGGACCAUCGAGCUGGAUGGAAAGACCAUAAAGCUUCAGAUUUGGGACACGGCCGGUCAGGAACGCUUCCGCACCAUCACGUCCAGUUACUACAGAGGAGCUCACGGCAUCAUCGUAGUUUAUGAUGUGACGGAUCAGGAGUCCUUCAAUAACGUCAAACAGUGGCUACAGGAGAUCGACCGCUACGCCAGCGAGAACGUCAACAAGCUGCUAGUAGGCAACAAGUGUGACCUCACAACGAAGAAGGUGGUGGACUACACCACAGCUAAGGAAUUUGCCGACAACUUGGGGAUCCCCUUCUUGGAGACCAGCGCCAAGAGCGCCACCAACGUGGAGCAAGCCUUCAUGACCAUGGCGGCCGAAAUCAAGAAGAGGAUGGGCCCCGGGGCCACUGCCGGCGCCUCGGAGAAGUCCAACGUCAAGAUCCAGAGCAAGCCAGUCAACACCUCAUCCGGUGGCUGCUGCUGAAACCCGAAAAACAGCCACGACCUGAAUCCACCCCCGAGCCCACGACCAGUCUCAAUGUUACCAUGCUCCACAGGGAAAGAGAAGCAGAGGGGGGGAGGGACAGACAGGAAGACUUUGAGUGGACCCGUUUGUAAUUGUGUGUGCAGCUACAACACCAUUUCAGAGUCAGCAAUAGGACGGUAAGCCCAUCCAUACCCACCGAGCACACGGCGGCUCCUCUUUUUCUUACUUUACCAAAACACACUCAUACUGGAAAAAACAAAAUGUAUCUGAUUUUUAACAGCGUGUGAAGUUAACCAAUGAAAGAGAACUCAUGUAUACAGCUUUUCUUCUUUUUUGUUUUUGAUUGUUUUCCCUUCUCUGUUGAAUGAAUCACUUUUCUAAACCCCACAAAGUUGUCUUUAUUUGGCUGUGGACAGCAGCAUGACUUUGUCCCCCCGAGUCUCCUCUCACGUACGAAUCAGUGAGCGCUUCAAAUGAAGCACAUGCUUAAAGCGGCGUCAUGCACGUCAGGAGCGACCACGAGCUCCUUCGGUCGCAAGGCGAGCGGCUCAGGCCACACACAGGAAACGCUCCAACUGCAGAGUCGCUGCCCGAAACCGAUGUGCCAGUGCCUUCGCGGCGGGAGAUUCACGAGACGUUUAUGCCUUCGGCGCUCUGGUGUCGUUGGCCCGUUUCCCGUCGUGUGGCCUCAGCCGCGGCCCCCGAAAGGAUCCGCUCUGUACGACAGCAGGAAACGCUCCUGUAGGUGGUCUGCAUCCGGCUGUGUGUGCGCCCCCUGCUGGUCGUCGUGACACAGUAAGCAUGUGCUGCAUUGGGAGACGUCCGCCGCGUGUGCUUCUCUGCUAACGUUUCAACAGGAGAAGUGAAAUCGCCAUCCCAGCUCCAGAAUCAUCUAUAAAACUGUAUAUAUUUAUACAUAAAUGUAAGAAGUGAUUUGCAAAAUUGUGUAGAGAAGCAAGUGAAGCGAAUGACAAAUAGCUGGAAUUAGUGAAUCUGGACACGUGAUUUGUGGCUGCGGACAUGACAUUUUUGUGGCACGAUGUCUACUAUUAAAACAAUGAAGGAGAUCUUUGAUAA